UGUGGGUUUAUAUUCUUUUUGGUUGUGAUGUAUAAAGGUAGGUACUUUCUGUUUAAACUGAGUUGUUGAUGUCUGUCUGUGUAGUGAUGGUGGCGUGUUCUGUUGGGGAGCAACACUUUCUAAAAGGUGGGAUUGCUCAGGAACUUCGAACUGAUGGUCGGAAGAGGUUGACUUACCGUCAUACCUACGUCAAAACAGGUGUUAUUCCGCAGGCUAAUGGUUCAGCGAGAGUUAGGAUAGGUGGAACUGAUGUGAUUGCCAGUGUAAAGGCUGAGAUUGGGAGGCCAAGUUCGCUCCAACCCGAUAAAGGAAAGGUUGCCGUUUUCAUUGAUUGCAGUCCAACAGCAGAACCUACCUUCGGGGGGAGAGGGGGUGAAGAAUUGUCUUCUGAUCUUGCUUUGGCUCUUCAAACAUGUCUUCUAGGUGGCAAAAGCGGAGCAGGCGCUGGGAUAAAUUUAUCUUCGCUUUUAAUCAAAGAAGGAAGAGUCUGCUGGGACCUUUAUAUAGAUGGCCUUGUCAUUAGCUCUGAUGGGAAUCUAUUGGAUGCACUGAGUGCUGCCAUUAAGGCUGCUUUAACCAACACGGCUCUACCAAAAGUCCAAGUUUCAGCUGAAGUGGCGGAUGAUGAGCAACCAGAGAUUGACAUCAGCGACGAAGAGUAUCAACAGUUCGACACUUCCAGUGUCCCAGUCGUAGUCACGUUAACUAAAGUGGGAGAGCAUUACAUAGUUGAUGCAACAGAGGAAGAGGAGUCUCAGAUGAGCUCAGCUGUGUCUAUAUCAGUGAACCGGACGGGACAUAUCUGUGGGUUAACCAAAAGAGGUGGAUUUGGUUUGGACCCGAGCGUUAUCCUUGACAUGAUCUCUGUGGCCAAGCAUGUGUCAGAGUCUCUGAUGAACAAGCUUGAUUCUAAGAUUUCAGCUGCAGAGGCCUGUGAAGACGAGUCUUGACUGUAGUUAGUUUACUGUUAUAUUAAAACACUGAGUUUCUCUUUUGACUCCAUUGUUUAUGGAUCUUUGUCUAAAGUGGAAAAGAACAUAACAAGUUACAUGAGAGGAUUGUGAUAUCUUUUGGGAGGAGAGAUUGAGAAGUGAGAGUGAGGUCACCUUUGAAGAGAACUUUUGUGGUCCAUGAUUAAGCCCAAAGGUCAAAAUUAAAUAGUGUGUGUGUGUGUGACCAGUGUUGAUCACGUGUGUAUCCUCAGCUUUGGGGUUUGGUAAUGACUUUGAAAAAUUAAA